AGAGACAAAGCUGAAGUUGGUUCUCAUUUCUGGCUGGGGUUUACAAAUCAAUUGAAACUGUUUUAUGGAUUCUGUUUUCAGUGUAGAAUAAUUUUGUCCAGGUUUGAUGUGUCUAGCUGUUGUAGUUUUAUAAUAGGAGCAGAUUAAAGAUGCCCAUGGUGUGGAAAUUUGGUUCCCAAACGGGAAACCAGAAAUGGGAACCAACAUCUGUUCUUUAGGUGUGGGGUGGAGACACGGGAAGGUCUGUGUGUUCCUCUAGGAAAACUUCAAAGGUUCAAACAUUGUCAGGUCAUUUGCUGAGAGCACUAAAUGGAGGGUCACCUCAUCCAUGCAUAGCUGAUUUCCUGUUGGGAUUUCAUUUCUUCUCAGCCCAAAUGGAAAAGGCAAACCACUACAAAAGAACUCUUCUACUCAUCAUCCUCAUUACCUGUGUUUUCAUAAUCUUUCAUUUAAGAUCACCCAGAUCAAAUGGCUUCAUCCCAAAACGACGUGGGCCUCGAUAUGUUUGUAAACCAUUAAUUACUGAGCAGACCAUCACUCCUCUUAAAAACACCAAGCAUCUACUGGUUUCCGCCUUCAUGGAUCAGAGAGUGAAAGGUUUUGAUGUACGGAUCAUCGGCAUGUUUCUGAGAGACUCUAUUCAACCACUCUACUGCCUUUUCUGCUGUUCUGGCCAUUUAAAUGGAACAAAGCCAGCAAUGGUUUUACCUCACACGGACCACUUUGGGUUUCCCUUUGGUGCUACAGACGUUAUGUGUCAGUUACCUAAAAACUGCGAUGUGUCACAUGUCACCCUUCUUACUCGGCCCAGUACAAGGGAUGUAUCUGACCUCAGCUGGAUUCCUGUGAAAAACAAGAAAACCCGUGGAAAAGAUGAGCUGACGGAAAACUUCACUGUCUGCAUUUCCACUCUGUUUGGGAAAUACAACAACGUGCUUCAGUUUGCACAGUCUCUGGAGAUGUACAGGUUACUUGGAGUGAACAGAGUGGUGAUUUACAACAAUAGCUGUGGCCCAGACCUUGAGCAUCUUCUGCAAAGUUAUGUCCAGGAGGGAUUUGUGGAAAUGGUUCCUUGGCCCAUUGACAAGCACAUGAAUCCGUCUCAUGGCUGGCAACGCUCACAAUCUGAAGGAGAUAUCCACUACUUUGGCCAGCUAACCACACUGAACGAGUGCAUUUAUAGAUCCAUGGAUCGCUCACGCUAUGUCCUGUUGAAUGACAUUGAUGAGAUCAUCAUGCCAUAUAUGCACAACAACCUGAUGUCUCUAAUGGACAGACUGCAACCACUGCAUCCUGAUGUUGGUGUGUUCCUUAUUGAAAACCACGUCUUUCCCAAGAAGUAUCUUGACCCUAGUGGGAAAUUUCAUCUGCCUCAGUGGAGAGGGGUGCCAGGAAUUAAUAUUCUGGAGCACAUUUACAGGGAAGACCCUGACAGAGACAUAUACCAUCCAUACAAGAUGAUAGUUCAACCAAGGAUGGUGGAGCAGACUUCUGUUCAUGAAGCGCUCAAGUAUUUUGGAAAAACCUACAGAGUCCCGUUAGAGGUGUGUCGUCUGAUUCAUGUUCGUGUGGCUCUGCGUAGAUCAUUGACUCUCGAGCAGCUCAAUGUGGACAAACGACUGUGGGACUUCCAGGAGAAACUUAUUUCUAAUGUGGACAGGGUUCUGGGCAAGUUGGGGUUUCUAACAAUAAAGAAUUAAAGUUAAUGGGAAAAAAGGACAGGGUAUUUUCUUAAGAGGUUAAAACUUGAUUGUACACCUACAGACUGUUAAACAUCUAUUUAACAAUUGCUAUGGCAAUUUGAAUGAAGGUGAUUUCAAUUCUUAAAACACAAUAAAUGUUGACAACAGCGCUAGAAACUAUUUCCUUUACAAAUAUUAUUUGAGACAUUUUGGGUGCUUUGUGUGGAAUAAAGGCUAGUUUUAA